AUGUCCCAUAACGCGCUCACCUUUUCAGACUCUGGAACGCUCCAAGCCAAAGCGAGCAGUGAGGACUCAAAAUUCUCCGAGGGCUCCUUGAGCCAGAAAACAGCCGUCUCCGGAAACUUCAUUUCCCAUGGCCCAUCUGCGCUGGAGAGCCCCAGCCACCCACAGCAGGAUCUCCUUUUCUCGCACGCAGCCCCGAGCUGUCGGAAGACGCGCAGGUUGCAACCGGAGUCCGGCCGGGGCGUUGCAGAGGGGAAGGGACCCAAGCAGGAGCGGAUCCCUUUGCAGCAGCAGCAGCAGCAGCUGCAACAGCUGCAGCUUCUGCAUUCUCGCUUCGCCGGGCUGCAGGGGCCGGCCGCCCCCUUCUCCUCGCCUCCGUGGUCCUCAUUCCCGCCCGGUGACCGGUGCUCGACUCCCCCCCCAGAGGUCCCCUUCCUUAGCAUGAGUCUGUGGGCUCGGGCGGGGGUCUUGGGCGCGCUGGCUUACUGCGCGCACAGCAGGCGGCGAGCCUGGGCCGAACCGAGCCCCCAGGCCGGCCCGCCCCUGGGCCAAGACCAGCCCGAGCUGAAGCUGGUGCUGGUGCUCUUCCGGCACGGGGCGCGCACCCCCCUCCGGGCCAUCCCCGACGUCGCGCAGGUAGAAUGGGAUCCUGCGCUUUUGGAGAUCCCUGCUCAAACAAAGUUCGACUAUGCAGUAACUGAUCUAGCUGGGGGUCCGAGGCCUCCUUCUCCUUUUGAUGACCAAUACAAAAAGGUUGUGCUGAAGGGUGGUGUGAUUGCUGGGCAGCUGACCAAAGUGGGCAUGCAGCAGAUGUUUGCCCUGGGGGAACGGCUGAGGAAGCAUUAUAUUGAAGACAUCACUUUCCUCUCUCCAGCGUUCAAACCUUCAGAGGUCUUUGUUCGUUCUACUAAUAUUUUUCGGAAUCUGGAAUCUACCCGCUGUUUGCUAGCUGGGCUCUUCCAACAGCAGAAAGAAGGGCCUAUUACCAUUGUCACAGAUGAAGCAAAGUCCGAAGUCCUCUAUCCUAAUCCACAGAACUGCCAGCGCCUGAGACAGGUGAACAGAGAAAGGAUGGCCACCUUGGGUUUACAGCCAGGCAUCUCUGAUGAUCUGAAGACAAUUAAAGAAAAGGUGGGAAUCAACAGUGAGAAACAAGUGGAUUUUUUUGUCCUACUUGACAACAUAUUUGCAGAACAGGCACACAAUCUGCCCAGCUGCCCUCUUCUGAAGAAUUUUCUGCAACUAAUUGAGCAAAGGGCCAUUGACUCUCUCCUUUAUGUCACAGAAUACAACUUAAGGGAAGCUCUUCAAAUGUCUGUUGGUCCUCUACUUAAUGAACUACAAAAGAACAUUAGAGAGGCAAUAGAGUCUUCCUCGGCCAGCAUCAAGGCCAGAAAGCUCAUUCUGUAUGCUGUUCAUGAUGUUACCCUCUUGCCACUAUUGAUGGCUCUGGGAUGCUUCAACUACAAGUGGCCUCCAUAUGCUUCAGAUGUGACACUGGAACUCUACCAGCAUUCCAGGGACUGGUUUAUACGGCUGACCUAUAAUGGAGAGGAACUGACUGCAAGAGGUUGCAGAGCUGGCCUCUGCCCCUUGGAGGAUUUUCUGAAUGCGGUUUCAUAUUAUAGCACAAAUCCCGAAGAGUACAAUCUGCUUUGCUCCAAAUCAGAGGACACUGUAAACGGAUGA